AUGGCCGAUCCAGCUCUCCACCAUGAGACGCAACCCAUGAAGCAGAUCGCCAUAGACUAUACCCCAGAGGCAUGCACCCACUGCCCCGUGUCCAACUCCAUCACCCUCACCUAUGAUCACCGCGGUGGGGCUCGGUGGCGCAGCACCACACGCUUCCUCUAUGGCACCUUCAGUUCCCUCAUCCAAUGUCCUCAAGGCAACACCAGUGGCCUCAAUUUCAACAUUUAUCUUUCGUCUCUUGAAGGUGACAAAUCUCAGGACGAGAUCGACUUCGAGUUCCUAGGCAAGGACAAGACCAUUGUGCAAACUAACUACUUCACUACAGGGACUGGGAACAGAGAACAAAUUCACGAUCUGGGGUUUGAUUGCUCUGAUGGGUUUCACGAGUAUGUAAUCAAGUGGAGUCCAAAUUCAAUAGAGUGGCUUGUUGAUGGGAAGGUGGUGAGAAAAGAGGAGAGAAAGGACGGUGUGACUUUUCCUGAGAAACCCAUGUUCUUGUAUGCUUCAGUUUGGGAUGCAAGCUACAUUGCUGAGGGCAGGUGGGCUGGGACUUAUGUGGGAAGUGAUGCACCUUAUGUUUGCCUCUAUAAGGAUAUUCGUGUGCCCGUUGGGACAGCAGUGGAGUGUUCCUCUGAUUCUUAAUCUUGGUUCUGCAUUUUACUGAAUUGAGAAUAAGUGAUUGGCGGUCCUCCGGAUGUUUACGUACAACUUCUAAAUGAACUAUUUGGUACAAUUAUCCAUUUUCUGCUCAUCUGAGCUUCUGAUUUGGUGAGUUGUGUAUUUGAAUGACUAUUCCUUCUUAUAAUUCUGUAAAAUAGACUAAACUAUUCCACUCAAAAUGCUCAAAAUGUUUAUUGAUGCUA